AUGGAAACAAGCCUCGUCGAAUCCCCCAACUCUACUGCUUCCCCUUCCAACACCAUCUUCAAUAACGCCGAGCAAAUCCUUGAUCUAAUUGCAGAAGAGGUGUCGCAUGCCCUCCAAACCGUCGAAGUACAGGCAGUCGGGGACCUCGCUCAACUCAAGGCUUUACUCGCACGCAGCGGCUAUGCCGUUUCUGUUGGGGAAGACAACAUGCUCGUACUAUCUUUUAGUGGUGAAGCAGCAGACGCUAUAGCUCUUUUCAACGAAACUGGACAACGGACCAUACAAGGCUUCCAACCGCUUACCCCAACUAAUAUGCCUCACACAUUUGCUACAUACCAGCAAUUAGUCGUUGAAACAUUGCGUCUUGUCGCCGAUCCUACCAAUGCUCCGCAACGGGUUGUUGAGUUGACGCAAACCGUCCAGAACUUGCGAACUAGGAAUCCGGACCUCAUUCUUGCCAAGUCCGAUGUUGAAACCUGGAGGGCGCGUUAUAUGGCCCUGGAGACAACGCUUGAGAAUGUCCAGCAAGCGCAUGAGAUGGAGGCGCAGGAAUGGCGGGAGAAGAUAGCCAACAAUCCAGAUGCUCAAGAACUCGCAGCUUGGGUCGCUGCUGCCGCGCCAGUAAAUGUCACCAAUCCAACCAUGCUGUCCACCGCAAUAUCCAUGGCCAUGACGGAAAUCAACUCUUCACAAGCUAAAUGCGCAUCUCUCGAGUCACAACUCUCUGCCGCGAAUCACAGCAUCGGGGAACUUGAGGAACAAUCUGCCUCCUGGGUCACCGAACGUUUGCGUCUCACAACUCAGAACGACCGCAACACCAUAAUCUUGACGAACGAACUGCCCGGCCUGAAAGCCAAGCUCCAGAAAACGGAGGGCGAGCGCAUUUCCCUUUCAAAUCAACUCCAGACCCAAACAGACAUGUUACAUCAGCUGAAGAGCGAAAGGGAUACUUUUUCCUCGAGCACACAAAAGGAAAUCGGUACAUUGAGAUCCAGGCUGACGGAGCUGCAAGAAAAUGUAAAUACUGUGACGGCAGAGCGAGAUGGCCUGAAGCGCUCUGCUCAAGAUCACCAACAAGUGGCCGAAAAACGUCAGGCGGAAUUGGAGAAGCAACUGAAAGACACGCUUCAUGAGAAAGACAGUCUUCUCAAACACCAGAAAUCAGAAUACGAGAGCCUCCAAACGCAACGGGACUCACUCGCGAAUUCCCAUUCAACCUUGCGAACUCAACUCGAAACGACAAAAAGUGAGGCGGCGAUCGAGCGCGACCUCCUGCAAGAAAUGUCGAAGUCGGUUGAACGCGAACGCGAUCAAUUGCGUUCUGAGUUGGACAAGUUGAGGCGUGAUGUCCAAGCUGCUGACGACCGCGAAGCGCAAUUAAAGAAGCGUCUAGAAGCUAUGCAUACUAGGAUGAACGAACUUGCAACUGAGCGAGACAAGUUGGCGGAUGAUGCGAAGAUUUCUGCUGCCAGGGAGGUAGAAUAUAUCCGGCGACUUCAAGCCGCGGAGGUACAGCAUAAUGACAUACAAACCAAGAUGGCCCAGGCUGCGCGAGACCUCGAGAAUGACAAGCAACGGCAACAAGGUCAGCGGAGGCCAAGCUCUUCAGGCGCGUUGGAAGCAAGCUCGAAUUCAAAGCCCCGUUCUUCAGCAAAGAAGAAAGAUGAUCCUCCAACCAUCUCCUCUCGUUCUCCCAAAGCUCCACCCCAGAGCCCCGUUCGUUCAGUUAUCAAGGUCCAGCGAACUCCAGUGAGCACCGCAGAAGCCAAAGGUGACAAGAAGAAAUCGGAUUCUGAUGUGGGUAAACGAGCUAGAGCGAUAAGCUCUUCAAAAGUUCAAGCGCAAGAUAUGGAAGUGACCGACUCGUCUAGUUCUGUUUCAAGACGUGGUCAACAGUCUGAAAGUGAUACUUCUAGUCGCACAUCGCUCAAAAGAGCUGCAUCCUCGCCGUUAUCCUCAGCUCGCACCAAGGUGCCACACCGCUGGCAAAAAGAGCCCACACCAAUCACUAUGCCGAAGAAUCCCAAAGGAUGA